AUUACAUACAUACUACCAUAAUCCCUGAGAGUAGGUACCGACUAACCUUGGAGACAUCUGGACUUACCAAAGCACAAACUGUUUACAUCAAUCUUAACCUCUGAAUCAUUCAUCAUGGUCAUUGUACAAGACUGGCUCCCUGCGAGCCAACAAAACUAUGAAAAGGUCUUAUUUUGGUGGAAGAUGUACCCUCUGUUAGCCUCAGCGCAAUGGCUUGUUUCAUGGUACGGCAUGGGAAAGACUUCAGUUCAAAGUAGGCUCAACCUACCCGGAAGAAUCGCUUGGAUAACCAUGGAGAUGCCUGGCUUCACAACCCUCCUAUACAUUAUGAGCACACUUCCAGCCCAGCAAGGCAUUGCAGAACUACCUUGGCAGAACAAAGUGCUCGCUGGCUUAUUUGUCAUUCACUAUACAUAUCGCGCCGUUAUAUUCCCUAUCAUACAGCCUUCUAUGUCCCCCAUUCAUAUUUUGGUAUGGUGCAAUGCCGUACUCUUCCAACUUUCGAAUGCAACUUGCAUAGGCAGCUGGUUGGCAGCAUAUGGCCCAACCACUCAAGAGGAGUGGGAGGCACAGAAUUGGUCUGUCUUACGAUUCUCUGUUGGCCUCGUCAUCUUCUACGUUGGACUCACGGCCAAUUACUUCUGUGAUGAGGAGCUUCGGGAGAUACGUAGGAGCGAGUUACGUCGUCAGUCCAGACUAAAGAGAAAUGGAAAAUCGAUCGAAAAGCAUUACGAGGUUCCUCGAAAUGGGCUGUUCAAAUACAUGCUCUACCCUCACUACUUCAUGGAGUGGGUGGAGUGGCUAGGAUAUUGGAUUUCUUCCGGUAUUACCUGCGCUCCAGCGAGGUGCUUCUUGCUAAACGAGUUUUUCGCCAUGCUGCCUCGUGCUGUUGCUGGGAGGGAGUGGUAUAGGAAUAGGUUUGGGGAGGAAAAGAUUAAGGGGAAAUAUGUUAUCAUCCCCGGCAUUUACUAGCCAAGGAAGACGUAUAUCGCCCAACUUGGCAGAGUACGUAGCAAUUUUAAAGCCUGUUCAUAAUACAUAAUGUUAUUUGAAUAUAAUGAAUUACUUUGUUG